AGGAAUCGACCCCGACAAGCCAUGUACGGAUCCAGAGGGAUCCGUCAUGACGCGUGGUAGACCAAAGGCCGAUUCCAAGAGCACCGAUGCUAGGCUGAGUAUCAGAGGAAGGAAAGCUGGGAAGAAAGAGAAGGAUCCAAACAAGCCCAAGAGGCCUCCUAGUGCUUUUUUCGUUUUCCUAGACGAAUUCAGGAAGCAGUUCAAUGAAGAAAAUCCUGGCAAUAAGUCCGUGGCUGCUGUGGGGAAAGCUGCUGGAAAUAAGUGGAAGUCUAUGUCUGAUGCUGAAAAGACACCUUAUGUGGCCAAGGCAGAGAACAAAAAGAAUGAAUACACCAAAAACAUGCGAACUUACAAUAUGAAGCUGGCCGGAGGAGCUAAUCCAUCAGAACGUCAUGAUUCUGUCAAGUCCAAGUCUGAAGUCAAUGAUGAAGAGGAGGAAGAGGCAAGUGGGGAGGGAGAAGAGGACGAAGAAUAGGAAACAGGUGGGAGACAAGAAGGGAGGCGGGCGUGGCUUCAUAGCAGUAGCUAGUUUCCUUAUCUUUCUGUUUGCAUCAAACUUGUCGGUUAACUAGAUUCGAUAACUUUCUCUGGCUGACAUUGGUGGUUGACUGUCUGAGAAUGUUACAUUCUUGUAGAAGAUCUGAUCUAUUUGGAAUUGUAUUUUGUUUUAUCGGUUC